UGCGGCGGGGAGUGUGUCAGUUUGUUGUUGUUUUAAACCUGCGAGGUUAAGCGAUGGUCUUUUUGAUAUCUUAUUCACAUUUGUUUAUUUAUUAGCGAGCUUAAAUUUGAAGGCUGACCGGGUUAAAAGGAGGGAGAGGUGAACAAUGAGGGCAGUGGCUGGGCUGUUGCUGCUGUCCGUGUUGGCGGUGUUUGAUUUCCAGGGCAGGCUCUCGGCUGCAGCAGCAGCGGCGGCGGCGCUCGGGGAGCAGCUGCUCAGCAACGGCCACGGGCUGCACACGAGGAGCACCUCCACCUCCACCAACUGCCAAGAGCGGCAGGGGUUCCAGAGGAAUUUAACAGCCCACACCCACAAGUAUGAGUUUCUGGAUUUGAGUGGAUCAGUCACAUUAGCAUGGGUUGGAGAUGGAACUGGUGUACUCUUGGCAUUAACAACAUUCCAGUUGCCAUUAUUGGGAGUUAGCUUUGGACAGUCACGUUUAUAUAGAAGUGAGAAUUAUGGAAAAAGCUUCUCUGACAUAACAAAGCUCAUCAACAAUACUUUCAUCCGUACUGAAUUUGGAAUUGCAAUUGGCCCUGAGAAUUCUGGAAAGGUGAUCCUUACAGCUGGUGUAUCUGGGCAGAGCAGUGGUGGAAGGAUCUUCAGGUCAAGUGAUUUUGGCAGGAACUUUGACACUGUAAAUCUUCCUUUUCAUCCAGUUAUGCAGAUCUUGUACCAUUCCAAAAAUUCUGACCAUCUGCUAGCACUAAGCAUACAUAAUGUUUUGUGGUUUUCCUCCAAUUUUGGCAAAACUUGGCAAAAUAUUCAUGACUUUGUCUGUCUUGUUAAGUGGGGACAAAAUGACACCAUUUUCUUCACGACCCACCCGAAUGGGUCUUGUACAGCAAGAGGCCUUUUGGAGCUUAAAAGGACAGAUGAUUUUGGAAGAACAUUUAAAACUAUUGGAUCAAAAAUAUAUUCAUUUGGAUUAGGAGGACAUUUCCUCUUUGCUUCUGUUAUGACUGAUAAGAUCAGUUUAAGAGCACUCCAUGUGUCCUUGGAUAUGGGUGACACCUGGAAUAUGGUACAGUUGCCUCAUGUCAGCACUGAACAGUUCUACUCCAUUCUGGCUGCAAAUGAUGACAUGGUAUUCAUGCAUGUUGAUGACCCUGGUGAUACUGGCUUCGGAACAAUUUAUGUUUCAGAUGAUCGGGGAAUAGUAUAUUCCAAAUCUCUCUCUAGACAUUUGUACACGACAACAGGAGGCGAGACAGAUUUUACAAAUGUCACUUCAUUGCGUGGAGUAUAUGUUACCAGUAUACUUGCUGAAGAUGGUUCUGUUCAGUCUGUUAUUACAUUUGACAGAGGAGGGGAGUGGCAGCCCUUAAGGAAACCAGAGAAUAGUGAUUGUGAUUCUACUGCUAAAAAUAAAGAUGAGUGUAGUCUGCACAUCCAUGCAUCCUACAGCAUCUCUCAGAAACUGAAUGUACCAAUGCUGCCCCUCUCUGAACCAAACGCAGUUGGCCUAAUCAUAGCACACGGCAGUGUUGGGGAUGCAAUUUCUGUAAUGAUGCCUGACGUGUAUGUGUCUGAUGAUGGUGGAUAUUCCUGGUUUAAGGCUUUGAAAGGACCUCAUCACUAUACUAUUCUGGACUCUGGGGGCUUGAUUGUUGCAAUUGAACACAAUGAGUAUAACAGUGUCAAUACAAUAAAGUUCUCUAUUGAUGAAGGCCAGUGCUGGUAUUCUUAUAAAUUCAUUGAAAAACCCAUAGUAUUUACUGGCCUUGCUUCAGAACCAGGAGCCAAAUCAAUGAAUGUCAGUAUCUGGGGAUAUGUGGACCUCAUAAUUACACAGCACUGGAUAUCUGUCACCAUCGAUUUUGAGGAACUCCUCACAAGGGACUGUUCUGAUGACGAUUAUAUCCAGUGGCUUGCCCAUUCAAGUAAUGUUAAUGAUCCUAAUGAUGGCUGUAUGUUGGGUUACAAGGAGAAGUUUCGACGUUUAAGAAAAUCUUCUCUCUGUCGAAAUGGACAUGACUAUAUUGUGAAUAAACAGCCCAAUGUCUGUCAGUGUACUCUGGAUGAUUAUUUGUGUGAUUUUGGAUACUAUCGAGAAGAAAACAGCUCGGAAUGUGUGGAGCAGGCAGAUCUGCAAGGCCAUGAUCUGGAGUUUUGUUUACAAGGAAGGAAAGAAAUUUUGCAGACGAAUGGAUACCGAAAAAUUCCGGGAGAUAAGUGUUAUGGAGGGGUGCAAGUAAAUCGUUUGGUGAAAGACAUGAGUAAAAAAUGUGUCAGUAACUUGCUGGCACCUGCAGAACUGUCUGAUUCCCGCAGAACCAGCUCUAUGCCAAUUAUUGCCACUGUCAUAGUAUUAUUACUGAUGUUGUUAAUCCUUGGAGUGAUCUUCAUCAAGAAAUAUGUGUGUGGUGGAAGAUUCUUGGUACAUCGGUACUCAGUGCUACAACAGCAUGCAGAAUCUACUACAGCAGAUGAACUGGACACUGCUGCGGUCACUAAUAAACCAGAAUACCAUGAUGACUCUGAUGAGGAUCUUCUGGAAUAGACGUGGUUUGUUAUUUUUGAAGAAUAUUUUGGAGAUACAAGAUGCUGUUCUUGCCAAAUAAACAGCACUAUAGUGUUUCAAGAUGCUGUUGCCUCCAUCUGAUUUGCUGUCAAGUACCUGCACUCUGAUUUUACAGCAUCAUGCAAAGGCAUUAUGACAUUUUUACAAAUAUGAUACAUCUAGAUCUACAAUCACAACUUUCUCACAAGUGAGACUGCUCCUCGCAUAUUGGAAUUGUUUUUGAAGACUUGAUAUAUGGAGGAGGGGUAAACUAGACGACAAUGAAUUGUUAACAAUCAGAUGUGUGUUUAAAAUUGGGAAAAUAGUGGUUUUGGAGAAGGACUAACUAAUUUGCAGAACUACAUUUUUAAAAUCUGCUCCUGGAUGCAUCACUCCAAGCUUUUGUGGAUUUUUUGUACGAUUUUACAUUCUUCAACUUUCUGCAUUACCUAGAAUCUCUUUUAUUUCUCACCAAGACUGACUUGUGUCAAAUUUAAAUGUAAGCAGUAAAUUCUUAAAGUCAUGCAAAUAUUGCAUAUUUUAAAAAAAAGCCACUAAAUACAAAAUACCUGAUAUGUGCUUCAAUAAAAUCUGGUUGUCAAUUUAUAGAAGCUGACAUUUAUUGUAACGCUUUUUCCAAAAGGUCUUUCAUGUUAUGUGACUUCUUUAAUGGCCUCCAGAAUAAUUUCCCUUGUGUAACAAUUUUAGUAUCAGACUCCUGAAUUAGGAAAGUUAAGUCUUUUCAGUGUUGUCCUACCAAGAACUCUCAUUUAUACAUCUCUAUGUACUUGAUAUAUAUGAAAGCUAUUAGAGAUACACUGAUGAAACCCUCCAGUAUUUUAUUAAAUAAGAGAUUUACUGUUUCUUAGAAGUUAAUUUAAUGAUUGAAAGUAUAAAUGAGGGUUUUUCACAGUUAGAAUAUCAGUAUCUUGAUUGAUUGUCAAGUAAUUUAAUUUUAUUAAAUUAAAAAUUAAUGCUUGCGCCCUGACUUGUUGCACUUCUGCUUUCAUUGCUGCUGUGAAAGAACAGUAGGUGUAUAAACUAAAUAUAAUGCAUGGAUUAUAGAAAUAACAUAAAAUUACAUCAGGUAUGUACCCAGAUAUGUUUACUGCGUAAUUUGUUCCAUCUAAUAUUCUACCUUCUAUAUGGUAAUCUGGGAAGUAAUUUGAAACCAUCGCAUCAUGUACUUCUAAAGUAUUUUUUUAGUAGAAAAGUUAUCUGCUUUCAGAAAUAGCAAGUUUACUGUCGUAUAAACUGAAUUCAGGUGGUGAAUACCUAUUUCACUGUUAUGACUAGGUUGUUAAUUUAUUUGCUUUGAAUUCUUUGUUCAUUUUAUAUUUAGUUUUUAGAAUUGGAAAGCAUUAUAACAUGUUUAUAUGUAAUAUAUUUUCUUUGCAUAAAAGUGCUUUGUGCUACUCCUUUCUAUCUUAGUUGAGAAAAGUGAUGUGAUGUAGGACUUCAGACUUUUUGUAGUGCUGUGGUUUCAGAAACUGUUGACUUACCUGUCGGCACAUGUUCCAAGUUAUAUCAUCAUCUGUCUAUGUGACUUAAAGGAUUCCGUGAGAUAUUUCAUUCUUAAUACUUAGCACUUUUUGGAAGUAUUGUAUGUUCUCAGAUCAUGAUUCUUAAAAUUACUGUGGAGUUCACAAUUAGUUCACUACAGUUCAAUAUUCAAGUGGGUAUGCACACAUUGAGGGUACUAUAAACUUGAUAUCUUUACAUAUAUUUUGGUAAGAUAUUUAAAUUUCCACUUGAUCUGUUGUGGUUUACUUAAAUAAUUUUGGUUUUUAUCUCAUCUUGUUUAUGGUUCUGAAAUGUCUAAAAUGGCUAAUUCUAUGAUGUUGUGUUUGAAGAAUUUCCAAAAUGAUAAAACAUACACAUUUUCAAAUUGUUUUCCAAUCAAUCUGAGUAACCACCAUAAACCAGAAAUAAAUGAUUAUACUUUAUAUUUCAAGAAAUCUUGAUCAAGCUGCAUUCUACAAUCUGUAUGAUGAGUUUGAUUUGAUAUUUGCAGUUGCACAUAUAGUCAAGUUAAACAAUUGAAGUUUUAGCUAAUAAAUUGGCUAUUCAGCUCCAUGUCUGCAAUGGGUUUUUGUUAAGUAUCCAAAAUAAAUCCCACUGCUAUAUUUCACAGCCUUGUAUCUUAUUUCAAUAUUUAUCCAAUUUUCUGUUAAGUGCUCAGAUUUUAAUGAAUUUAUAGCCACAACACUUAAUAGGCAGAUGCAACAGGGGUUUGUGUUGCUCUAUCUUUGGACAGCACAGAUCUAAUACUGAUCUGUGAAACAACUGGUGGGUUUGUUAUGACAAGCUGCAUCUCAUUAGCAUUCUUUCAUAUAAAUACUUGUAAAGCUGCUGGCUUUAUUCUUGAUUUCUUUCCUAUUUGGGAAACCUUUUGCUGCUUUAGAAACCACUAUCUUUCUUAUGAUUUUCAAUGCAUAAAUCUAUAAAGCUGUGACAGUAUAGAAAUAUCUUGCAUAUUUUUGAGUGGGAAUAAUUUUUAAACCUGAACCAUAUGUUCUGAAGAUCUGUGGUGGCCUAUCAUCUCUAGAAGUAUAAAGUGAGGUGGUGAUAGAUUAUCAUUAGCUAAGAUGAACACUCUCUUGCACUCAUUUUACUCUUAAUACAGCUAAUAUCACCCUUCAGUCAUACACUUGUUGCUAAACUCAUUGCUGUUUUCACUGUUUUUCUAUUUUGGUUGUGUUGAAAAUGCAGAUGAACAUCCAUUCUCUGUCAUCACUUAAGAACAUUAGGAGCAAUCUGAUAAAGACCAGAUAAUCUGUUUUUAUAAUGUUCACAUGAGUGAUAGCUAUUGGCCUGGACACUGAGAAUAACUUGCCUACAGGAGUUAUCAACAUAUUCCUUUGAAUUUUUAAAGAUGUUAGUCAGUAAAAUAAAUGAUGUGUUUCUUGAUUGAAAUUGAUUGCUUUGUUCCCUUUCAAAUCAGUCCAUGCAUAUUUUGAAUUAAACUGGUUGUUUGUUGAUUACAUUUCAAAUUUCUGUAAAGCUAAUGGAAAAGGCUUGUGGAAAGCAACAUUAUGUUUCAACAAUAUUAUUAAUUGUACUAUAUGGUUUUAAUACAUCAGUGUGAACUGUACUUCAAAUAUAGUAUUAUGAUUUGAUUUUUGUCAAUUUUAAUAAGACCUAAUUAGGAGGUUUUCAAAAGCUAAUAGAAAGCAAUAUUAAUA